CAUUCUGACAGGAUGGGUGACUGGAAGAGCUACAUCAACACCAUCCUCAAGGACAAGAACAUUGAAGAUGUAGCUAUUGUGGGGCAUUUGGACAACAAGUCUGUGUGGGCUUCCAAGCCAGGAGGUGUACUUGCUGCCAUCUCACCUCAGGAAGUGGGGGUGAUCACAGGUCAGGACAGGAAAACAUUCCUGCAGACUGGGAUUACAAUAGCCGGCAAGAAGUGCAGUGUGAUCCGUGACAACCUGUUGGUGGACAAAGAUGCUGUGAUGGAUGCCAGAACCAAAGGGGGUGACAGCAUGUCCAUCUGUAUUGGCAAGACUCCCAAAGCCUUAGUCUUCCUCAUGGGUAAAAAGGGAAUCCAUGGAGGAGCCCUUAACAAGAAGGUCCAUGAGAUGAUUACAACCAUGAAAAGCCAGGGUAGCUAAAGCAAGAGACACCAUCUUCCUGAGCAGAAAGUACAGGGAAAAUCUCAUUGCUUUAAAAGAAAGGGAAAAAAAAUCCUGAUUUCACUUAACCAUUUCUUUGUCUCUUUCUUUGGGGUGGAGGAAGUUUGUUGUUUUACUCACAAUCUGCCUGUCUGUCUCUUUGGGAGAGGACGGAGCAGUAUUUACUGUUCCCAUAAGACUUAACAUUAACCAGGCUGUCUCUAAGCCAUCUUGACUGAGGGUUUAUGUUUUCCUUGACUAGCCCCCCUUUGCCUCAGCUCCAGCUGAUCCACUAUUAUUUUGAGGCCCUUGCCUUGUUGCCCUAAAUUUAUAAUUCAGGAGGUUUGAGAGCUCCUACAAACAGUAUUAAAAAUAAGAUUAAGCAGGGACAUUGGGAAUAGUCAAUAUUUUUAUACUGUUCCAUUAGCCAAUCAAUGAAAUAAAUUAUAUCAUUUUCUUUCAUUA